AACUUCGGCUCGUGGGUAUAAAAGCGAAGCCGUCACGUUGCCGACCCUCCUUCUCUGUCUCCGUCCGUCGUUCAGGUCUCUGCAGCGCCACCCGGGUCCGAGCCACCGACCAACCAACAUGUCUGAGAAACUAGCCUUCAAAGUUGCCGAUAUCACCCUGGCCGAAUGGGGACGUAAGGCCAUUGAUAUUGCAGAGAAUGAGAUGCCUGGUCUCAUGAAGAUGAAGGAGCUGUACGGUCAGACCAAGCCCCUGAAGGGCGCCCGCAUCGCCGGCUGCCUCCACAUGACCCUGCAGACCGCCGUGCUCAUCGAGACCCUCAUCGACCUCGGAGCUGAGGUUCAGUGGUCGAGCUGCAACAUCUUCUCCACCCAGGAUCACGCUGCUGCCGCCAUCGCCAAGGCCGGCAUUCCAGUGUUCGCUUGGAAAGGUGAGACUGACGAGGAGUACAUGUGGUGCAUCGAGCAGACUCUGUACUUCAAGGAUGGUCAGCCCCUGAACAUGAUCCUGGAUGACGGAGGAGACCUGACCAACCUGGUCCACCAGAAGUACCCCAAGCUGCUGGCAGGUAUCCGCGGCGUGUCGGAGGAGACCACUACAGGUGUUCACAACUUGUACAAGAUGAUGAAGAAUGGCGAGCUGAAGAUCCCCGCCAUCAAUGUCAACGACUCCGUCACAAAGAGCAAGUUCGACAACCUGUACGGCUGCAGGGAAAGUCUGAUCGACGGUAUCAAGCGUGCCACAGACGUGAUGAUCGCCGGCAAAGUGGCUGUCGUGGCCGGUUACGGAGACGUGGGUAAGGGCUGCGUCCAGGCGCUGCGCGGCUUCGGAGCGAGAGUCAUCGUGACGGAGAUCGACCCCAUCAAUGCCCUGCAGGCUGCCAUGGAGGGUUAUGAAGUCACCACCAUGGAGGAAGCUUGUAAGGAAGGAAACAUCUUCGUCACCACCACAGGCUGCGAGGACAUCAUCUUGGGAGAACACUUUGAGAACAUGAAGGACGACGCCAUCGUCUGCAACAUCGGACACUUUGACUGUGAGAUCGACAUGGGCUGGCUCAUCAAGAACGCAGCAGAGAAGAUCAACAUCAAGCCACAGGUUGAUCGUUAUAGGAUGAAGAGCGGACGUCACAUCAUCGUCCUGGCCGAGGGUCGACUGGUCAACCUGGGCUGUGCCAUGGGACACCCGUCCUUCGUCAUGAGCAACUCCUUCACCAACCAGGUGCUGGCUCAGAUCGAGUUGUGGACAAACACCGCCAAAUAUCCUCUGGGAGUUUACUUCCUCCCCAAGAAGUUGGACGAGCAGGUCGCAGCCGCUCACUUGGACAAACUGGGAGUGAAGCUGACCAAGCUGUCAGGCAAGCAGGCCAAGUACCUGGGUCUGCCCACGGAGGGGCCCUUCAAACCAGACCACUACCGCUACUGAGCCCGCCGGCCCGGCUGGGGAGCAGACAGGAGGAGGUGUGGCUAGAAGGGUGUUGGUGUUUGGUGGAUAGGAGCACUGACUGUUUUGGCCUGUUGCACUCUGGGUAACGCUUGGGUUUCGGACAAAUGUCGACUUUUCAGGGAAACAGACGGUUUUCUGUUUUUAAAACGGCCUCCAUACCAAGUGCUUAAAAGUAUUUAGCAUUUUCAGAUAAGUUUGCAUCAAGUGGUCCGACGUGGCUGAAGAUUGAAUCUACGACAUGUUCUGAAACGUGAACCUGCAUCAACCCCAAGCUUCCAGUCAGUAGUUGUGUGGACGGGACCCAGAAGACGCAGGACACCGUGCACGUCUUUUGUUCAGAGCAGCAGCCAACUUCCUCCGACACGCCAUCACUCACUGAUAUCUUCAGUCUCCUCCUCCUCAUCAACACUCUUCUGAAACACCGUCUCGUGCUACUGUGACGUUCUUAAAGAGAAUUCCUCUCGUUCAUGUCAUUCCCUCUUCGUUUAUGGAAUCAAUUAAACCCUAAUGAUUUUCUAGCUGGACUCUUGCCUCCAUCUCGCCGCUGGGGCUCGAGGAGAAACGCUGCAUUUUCUUCUGAAUCUUGAGGCAAACAGUUUAUUGUGCAACAGUUUAAUUCUGUUGUGCGCUCACAUCAACACUGCCCUGUGUUAGCACUUAGCUGGGACACGCUCUGGAACUCGCUCGGUGACGCAGGGCGUGUUCCCGGCUUUAAGACGAGCGCCGCUGCCAAAGGAGCCACCAAAGCAAGUCCUGUUUUAAAAAGUCUUAUUCUUUAUGCCGUCUCAUUUUCUUUUUGUAUUGUGAUUUAUUUAAUUUGACUGAAAAGCCCCGAUUCUGAAGCUGGGUGGAAACGGCUCGGGUGGAGUUUCAAACUGGUCGCUGUUCUAAACGGUUAAAGCCUGAAUGUGAGUUCAGCUGCUUGUAAACAAUGGAUCAUGUUCAAACUGACGAGGUGGCGAUAAAAAACAAAACAAAUUAAAAGAAACAAUUUGA